UGUGGAGGGAGGGGGGAGAUAAAGCUUUUCACACCUCUGUCUUAUGUGAACAGGAGCCAGAAAUACCUGAAGGUCAGGAAGAAAAGAAGAAAGAUUCCAAGAAGCCAAAAUCAAAGCUGCUCGAAAGGAGGUCUACCAGAACCCGAAAGUGCAUAAGCUACAGGUUCGAUGAAUUUGAUGAGGCAAUUGAUGAGGCAAUUGAAGAUGACAUCAAGGAGGCUGAUGGAGGAGGCAUUGGGAGAGGCAAGGACAUGUCUAACAUCACAGGUCACCGUGGAAAAGACAUUUCCACAAUCCUAGAGGAAGAAAGGAAAGAAAACAAGCGACCGCAAAGGGCUGCUGCAGCACGACGCAAGAAACGACGGCGACUAAACGACUUGGACAGCGACAGCAAUCUGGAUGAAGAGGAGAGCGAGGAUGAAUUCAAGAUCAGCGAUGGAUCUCAGGACGAGUUUGUUAUAUCAGAGGAAAAUCUGGACGAGAGUGAAGACGACCCACCAUCAAACGAAGACAGCGAUUCGGAGUUCUGUGCCCGCAUAUCCAGGCGACACCUUUCCAGGCCCAUGAGGCAAAGCAGGCGGUUACGAAGGAAAACAGUCAAGAAAAAAUACUCUGAAGAUGACGAAGAUGAAGAUUCUGAGGACAAUUCAAGCAGAGAAUCUGAGAGUGGGGAUUACACGGAUUACAGUGACGACGAUUACCUGGAAACUCGGAGGAGAAGAUCGAGACGGAAUCAGAAGAGACAAGUUAAUUAUAAGGAAGAUUCAGAAAGUGAUGGCUCACAGAAAAGUGUCCGAUACGGGAAGGAGUUAAGAAGAGUUCAUAAACGCAGGCUCUCCACGUCGGAUAGUGAAGAGAGCUACACAUCUAAGAACUCUGAAGAUGAAGAAUCCACCAAGGAGUCCAAGCGAUUGGUUCGAAAACGCCGGCGAAGUACGGAUGACUACUCUGAGGAAGAAGGAGAGGAUGAGGAAGGCGAAGGGAAGCCUGUCCGCAAACGGCUGAAUCGGAUCGAAACAGACGACGAAGAUAACUGCGAAAACGCUAACGACGCGGUGGAAAACCCCGCUCCUGCCAAUAAGCUGCCAGCACCACCAGCUCCUCAAGACACCACCAAGAAGCACUGCUACCGGAUAGAAAGCGACGACGAAGAUGACUUUGAUAACGUGGGGAAAGUAGAGAGCCCUUUGGACUACAGCCUGGUGGACUUGCCAUCCACCAACGGACAGAGCCCAGGUAAAACCAUUGAGAACUUGAUUGGCAAGCCGAGCGAGAAGACCCAGGCCCCCAAGGACAGCACAGCCAGCGCCAGCCUGGCGCCCAACGGGACGGGCAGCGGGCAGGAAGCAGUAGGGCCGGAGGAAGAUGAAGAUGAACUUUUGAGAGUGACUGACCUUGUUGAUUACGUCUGUAACAGUGAACAGUUAUAA